UCGUCUUCUUCUCCACGAAGAAACACGUCGGUCGCUCUGCUUUCCAAAAUUGCGUCAAUUCCGCCAUAGCCGACGACGCUUCAACCGCCACCGCCCCAGGAUGAGCGCUCAACAGCCAUCAGGAAUCUGAAAUUAGGGUUUGAUCACCGCUCUGCGUCAGGGUACGAUGAGCUCUUAUGCGGGAUUUACGAGGUUGUGCAAGGGAUUGGCUGUUGUAUUGAUCGGCGGCCACAUUGUUGUUCAGAUUUUGCCAAUUUCUGUGUCCUAUCUGGCCCUCAUCCCGGCCAAGACUAUUCCAUUUGGUUGGAAUCUCAUUACCGCUGGAUAUCUUGAACAGUCAAUACUUGGGGUGGUAGUCAACACAAUUGGUCUCCUUUUCAUUGGGAAGCUGCUUGAACCUAUAUGGGGUUCUAGAGAAUUUCUGAAGUUCAUAUUUGUCGUGAACUUUCUGACAUCAGUAUUUGUUUUCAUCACCUCUAUUUCCUUGUACUACAUUACACAGGAGGAAGCAUACCUUUAUCAUCCUAUUUCUGGUUUUCAAGCUGUCCUUUCCGGGUUGCUAGUUGGCAUUAAACAGAUAAUACCGGAUCAAGAGCUGUCUUCGUUGAAGAUAAAAGCCAAAUGGUUGCCUUCCCUGUCUGUAUUGGUGUCCACUUUUCUGUGUUUUUUCACAGGAGAAUCAUUAUCAUAUGUUCCUACUAUAAUAUUUGGCACCUACAUUGGUUGGAUCUACCUUAGAUAUUGGCAAAGUAAGCCAGAAACAAAGUUGCGGGGUGAUCCAAGUGAUGAAUUUGCAUUCUCUACAUUCUUCCCUGAAUUUUUAAGACCAGUAAUCGAUCCUAUUGGUACAAUCUUUGAACGGAUUUGUUGUGGAAGAAGAUCCGAAGCUUCUCCCGAGACACGGGGCUAUACAUUGGGAGGCACUUCCUUACCGGGUUCAGAUCCCAUUGAAGCAUCUAGAAGGAGGGAAAGAGGUGCUCGGGCACUGGAAGAAAGAUUGGCUGCCGAGAGACUCGCUGCUGCACAAAGGACGGAAGAUGCUUCGGAAAAUGUCUAAAAUUCUCUAUGAUAACGCAACCUUAUACACGUACGCUUUCUCCAGUUUUCAUUUCGCUACAAAUCGAGGAAAAGAAUUUUUGCGUAUGUUAAUUAUGACAUCCUUCUCUUAUAGCUUGACACCUUAUAUGUUGUUGAUCGUUAGAACGAAGCUGGUUUUUACAAUGUUUCAAUUAGAAUCGCAUAUUUUGAAGAAAAA